AUGGAGCCUAUAGCAGAAAGAGAAUGGAUCUCUGAGGAAUCUGAUUUCAUGGCUAAUUUGCUCAGUAAUUACUGUCUCCCAAAUGAGCUAAGCUCAGAUUUGAGCUUGGAAAUCCCUUGUGCUUAUUGGGAAUCCAAUGAACCACCAUCACUGUCCAUGGCAGCCAUGGAUGAACCUUCUUAUUAUUCUUCAGAUUCCCUCCCUCUUUGGCUGCCUAAUGGUGCUUCUUUGUCCUUGGAUUUCUCGAUGGAGGAUGAUCGCUUGGACGACAACGGUUCGAGUCGAAAAACAAGGCAAUGUAGGCUGCAACACUCCCUUGCUGACCCUGCUGCUGCUACUGCUGUUGCUGUCAAUGGGAAAAAGAGGAAAGCUGAGAUACAUGAGAAAGUUGCAUCGAUGUCGGUCGUCGAGAACUCGAAGAAGAGGAACGCAAGGCCACCGAAGAUCAUGAAGCUUGGUUCGGCUAGCUGCAAUGAAGAGGAUCACAUUGGUCAGUGCACAAGUAGCUUCAGCUCUGAGGAGUCUCAAGAAAUCAAUGGUGGAAUUAGUUCAAGUUCAAGCUCAAAAGGGUCUGCCUCUUUGACCUCAAAUGGGAAGCCAAGAGCUAGUAGAGGCUCAGCCACUGACCCUCAAAGCCUUUAUGCAAGGAAAAGAAGAGAAAGAAUCAAUGAAAGGUUGAAGAUCUUACAAAGCCUCGUCCCAAAUGGCACGAAGGUUGAUAUCAGUACAAUGCUUGAAGAAGCCGUUGAAUAUGUGAAGUUCUUGCAGCUUCAAAUCAAGCUGUUGAGCUCUGAUGAUCUAUGGAUGUAUGCACCAAUUGCUUACAAUGGAAUGGAUAUUGGACUUAACUUGAAGCUCAUGAAGCAAGACAAUGCAUCACAGUAGAUAUUGUUUCUUGUCGUAGGAACAAAGGUGAUAGAGGUCCCAUUUUAAUUAGCAGAUUUUAAGGUUAAGACUCUCAUUCAUUUUGGAUUCAAGAGGGUAUAAUCAUGAGAAGGGAUGUGUAAUUUUGGUCCUUCUUUUAAGCUAUGUAAUUUGGGACGUUCGAGUUGUUUAGUUUGAUCUUUCUAAUGCUAAUUAUCCAAUUUGA